GGGCCGCGCGCUGUUGCUGAGCUGACCGUCGUUGUGUUGGUCGGUCUGUCGGUUUGUGGCCUGUCUGAGCUGCGAGUUUCUGUUUGCCCUGGUCUCUGGUGAAGAUGCCGCCUGUGGAUAAACUACUGCUAGAGGAGGCGCUGCAGGACAGCCCACAGACACGAUCCCUGCUAAGUGUAUUUGAGGAAGAUGCAGGUACACUAACAGAAUAUACAAACCAGCUGUUGCAGGCCAUGCAGCGGGUGUAUGGUGCUCAGAAUGAAAUGAGCAUAGCAACACAGCAGCUGUCCAAACAGCUUCUUGCAUAUGAGAAACAGAAUUUCGCUUUGAGCAAAGGGGACGAUGAAGUUAUUUCUACUCUCCAACGUUUUGCCAGGGUUGUAAAUGAGCUAAAUUCUCUUCAUACAGAACUGGCUAAACAAGUUGCUGACACAAUGAUAUUCCCAAUGAUACAGUUCAGGGAAAGGGAUCUCACAGAAGUAAGCACUUUAAAAGAUUUGUUUCUUCUUGCUAGUAAUGAACAUGAUGCAGCAAUGGCAAAAUACAGCAAACUGCCCAAGAAAAGAGAAAAUGAGAAGUUGAAGGCGGAGGCAGUAGCAGAAGUAGCGACUGCAAGAAAAAGGCAGCAUCAGUCUUCCUUGCAAUACUUUUGUGCCUUAAACGCUCUACAAUAUAGGAAGCGCGUGGCAAUGUUGGAUCCAUUGCUUGGCUUCACACAGGGUCAGAUCAACUUUUUCAAGAUGGGAGUGGAAAUGUUUUCAAAGAAACUGGAAGAAUUUUUGUCUUCUGUUGCAACCAUGGUUCAAAGUAUCCAAGGGCAACUGGAUGCAGAGGCUGAAAGCAUGAGAUUGGCCCAACAGGAGCUACUGUUAGCCAAUGAGUCCAUCUAUAUUCCCGAUAACAACACUACCACAUCAAAACCAGCUAACAGGAACCUUCUUCAAAAGGCUGGCUACCUGAAUAUUCGAAAUAAAACAGGCCUGGUGUCUACUUCCUGGGAGAGGUUAUAUUUCUUUACGCAAGGAGGUAACCUGAUGUGUCAGCCACGAGGGGCAGUAGCUGGAGGACUGAUCAUGGAUUUGGACAAUUGCUCAGUUAUGGCAGUAGAUUGUGAGGACAGAAGAUACUGUUUCCAGAUCACUUCACCUUCAGGAAAAAUGGGUAUUGUCCUUCAAGCAGAAGGCAAGCAGGAGUAUGAAGAGUGGAUUUGCACCAUUAAUAACAUUUCCAGGCAGAUCUACCUGACUGACAACCCUGAGGCUAUUGCAAUCAGGCUGAACCAGACAGCAGUGGAAGCAGUAACACCUAUGUCCACAUUUCAGAAAAAACAUGAAAGUCUACGCCCCGAGAUAGCUGAACGUGGAUCUAAAGAAGCUGUGAGCAAUGAGCAGUGUUUGACAGAUGCCCCAGAAUCUGCAGAUCAACUAGUAGUCCCUGGAACCCCGAUUCAGUUUGACCUCUGUUCAACAAGUGAGGAUUUUGAUUACAACAAAUCUGUCAGCAGACGUGUAAACCCGUUUGGAGAAUCAGACCAUGACAAAGCUGCAGCUUCGGAGGAUUUGCUUCUCCACCAAGAGUUUACAGUGAGGUUUUUAGGCUCCAUAGAAGCAAGAACCGACCAGAAUGACGAGUUAAUCUAUGAGACAAUGAGACAGGUGUUGGCUGCUCGAGCAAUCCACAAUGUCUUCCGUAUGACAGAGUUUAAGAUGAUAGUCAGCUCCAGGGAGCUGAGAUUCGUUGAUCCACAAACACAGGUCACAAAAGCAAGUUUUCCUCUCAGCAAUGUGACACUGUACACGACUCAUCAAGAUAAUAAGAGGUUAAUUGGGUUUGUGGCACGAGCUUCUGAUUUGCAAGCAGAGCGCAAAACUUUGCUGAACUGCUGCAUCUUUGAGACAAAUGAUGAUGGAGUAAAGAUUUGUGCUUUUAUUGAUCUUGCAAGAAAGAUUAAUCAGGCAGAAAAGGACCCAGAAACUUUAGCCUUACUCAUGAAGUCAGUAAAACUCAGUGCUGAUGGGAAGUUCCUUUUACUUAGUCAGCAGACGGACGAAGAGGAAACUGAACAGGAUUUUGAAUCAGAAGCAUAACAGCUGCUCAGAAUAUUGAAGCAAUUACAACACAAAGAUUUGUAAUCUCCAACAAUUUAUUUGAUUUUCAGUGGUCUUUUCAUUACGUAAAUUUACAUCUUUGUUGAGUUUUUAGACCAGUAACGCAGUGGGUGAAUUUAGUACUGGAUGAAGGUUAUACUUACAUUGGGAAUGAAGGAUCAGUGUUCAUUAUUGUCCUAGUAAAUCAGGGCUGGUUUAUAGAAUCAAAUGUAUAAGCAUAAAACUAUCAAUUACUCCAACUGACUUAUUAAUAACUUCAUUUUAAACUGAUAUUUACUAAACAGAUUGAAGUGCCUGUAUUUUUUAAAAUCUUAUUCACAACAGAAUGCUUUGAGGAAUUCUGCUCUUUUUCUUUAUGAAGAGAAAUAAAGAUUAUGUAAGUGUUAUAAAGAUGAGGGUAGAGAUUACUACCUUUCAUGACUUCAGGAUGUCACAAAUUGCUUUAGGUUCAAUGUCUGAUCAGAAAUAGAUGUAAAGGCUAGAGGUGGACACAACGGUUCGAUGUUGUUCAUCUAAAGAUUAUAUUUGCUGAGUUAUGUUCACUAAGUAUUAUUGCACUACUAUCCAUUGUGCACUUCACUUGAUUAAAGCUGUAUUUGGACAGAUACUGACAUCAUUGAAGUAUUGGUAUUGUAAAGCUGGAAUACUGCCCUGUAGUAUUAACGUGUUCAGUCGACAUUCAAACAUGUUACAACAUUGCCACACGGAGUUAGAGAAUCAGAACACUUUACCUGUCUCAUUUGCUUCCCCAUCAUUUAGCUAAAACAAUUGGAAACCAUGUUCCAUCCACAACUGCUGGAGGGUUUUUGCCCAUAUUUAUCCCAUUGAUCAAUUGUCAUACUGAUUUUCCCGUACUAUAGUUUAUCAGGUGGACUGCAGAGGUUCAAAAAUGUCUCUCACUAUCCAUCAGCUUCUCAAGCUUCUCAUUUAUGAUGCUGGCCUUGCUAAGAAUUAUUUAAACAAUUAGAGUCAAAGAAUCAUACAGCAUGGAAAUAGACCCUUCAGUCCAACUAGUCCCACCUGCCUGCAUUUGACCCUGCAAACCUUUCCUAUUAAUGUACUUAUCCAAAUUUCUUUUAAACAUUGUAACUAUAUCUGAAGCCACCAUUUCCUCUUGCAGUUCAUUCCACACAUUAAAAAAAGUUGCUCCUCAUGCACUUCUUAAACCUUUCUCUUUUCACCUUAAAAUUUGGCCCUAGUUUUGAACUCCCCCACCUUAGGGAAAAGACCUUUGCUAUGCCCCUCAAGUUUGUAAACCUCUAUAAACCUUAAACUCCGAUGGUCUAGUGAAAAACAUCCCAGCUUACAUCCAUUCCUAGCAACAUUCUGGUAAAUCUUUUCUGAACCUUUUCCAGUUUAAUAAUAUCCUUCCUGUAACAGGGUGACCAGAACUGUGCAUACCGCUCCAGAAGAGGCCUCAACAAUGUUCUGUACAACUUUAACAUGACAUCUCAACUCCUGUAUUCAAAGGUCUGAACAAUAAAGGCAGGUGUGCUAAACACCUUCUUAACCAUCCUACCUGAGACACAGAAUUUUGUACUGCCGUUCCUCAGCUCAUUGACAAUUGAUAAAGAUCUCUUUGUAAUCUUAGAUAACUUUCUUCACUGGAGAAUUAAGGAAUUAGAGCUUCAGUGCAAUUGGAACUUUUAAAACUGGACAAUACCAGUCUAUAACUUUAAUUACCGUACUUCAUUCCGACACACAAUAACCGAUGUGUUCUUUGUAAAUAUCUGCUAUAAAUUGACUAUUGUGUCGAUCCCUGCUGGUAAGGAAGUUGAUUCAAACUCUGGGAAUUGCUACAUCAUACUUGAGUGCUGGUUCUAGUUCAUGUAGGCUGAAUCAAAUCCUAAAUAACAAGUUGUUUAAUCCUAAAUCUUGUUUCAGCACUAGAGGAGGAGAAUCCCAGCAGCAGGAAUUGUUACUAUGCUUAACCAGCUAGUUGUGCUCCUCUGCAGUAAGUGUUCCUUCAUAGAGAAACAAGGUGAGAAAGAACUGACCUCACUUAAACAGUUACACUUAAAAUGACAGUGAUACUCAAUCAUCAUAAGAUGGAAGGAAAUUUACUGUAAGAAACAAGGUUCAAGAAGCUCAGAAAUUACAGUACCUCUGCUGUUUCUCCAGAUUGAACUGUCUAGCCCUCUGUAAGAGCUAUCCAGUCCCUAGUAAAUGUUACAUUCACUGUCUGAGUAUGCGUUCAUGCUCAAUAUUCUAUCUUCAAAUAAGUCCCUACCAGUCUCACCAAUUUCACCAGGAGAUAUCUAUCUUUUGACUAAAAUGUAUUAUUCCUCAUUUUCUGUAGUAAGUUGCAACUUACUCUUUCACAAUAUAGUCAAGUCCAUUAAAGAAAAUGUUAUCUUUCUCCAUAUCUUAAUCACUUAAAGUAAUUAUAAGGUUUAAGUGAAAAUUCUUUGCACUGCCCACCACCCACCACCCAGUUUACUAAUAUUCUUGCAUUCUUUGGCUUCGCUCCUGUUCCACACGAGGCACAGUUUGCCUGUAAGCUUCAUUCUGUGUACAAUCCAAAGGUUGCCCACAAGUAAAGAUUGGUCAAUGUUGUUUUUAUAGUAUCCCUCCCAUUUUCCUUUGCAGUCUUUGGUGCAAUUCACAGUUCCCAUGGGAAUUUUUCAUUAGUGUUACUGCAUUCCCCUUAAUAGACCAUUAUUUGAAAAUGCAUCCCAUUUGGUUUAGGUACUGUUUGUCUUCAUACUAUUAUGUUUUAAUUAAAUGUAUAUUAAUCGCUACCUCUUUUUUUAACAUUCUCAACCUGAUUUUCAAAUUCUUCCAUGGCUUUGCCUGUCUUGAUCAAUGUACCUCCGAUCCAAAAGUCCUGAGAAAUCUGCACAUAAUUCAGGUAUGUCCAAUUUUAUUCAGCUGUCUGUUGGUGACUCUGCCUUUAGCUGCUAAAGCCGAUCAGGGUCCAUUCCCCAACACCCUCUUGAAAGGUAACCUUCAAUCCUGUCGCAGUGUCAAACACGUACUUUCUAAUAUCUUAGUGAUAAGCUGUAGUAUCUCCUCUCUCCUUCCUACUGCAGCAUUCCUGUAUUUCCUUGUACUUUGGAAAAAGGAAAUGAGACUGAUUUCUUUAAUUAGCUCUCCAUGUGGUUUAGACAGUUACAAGCUCUUGCCUGAAACUGUACAAGUUAUCUGUUGGUGCCACAUCCUGGAUUCAGAUUCUCAUCCAAUUUAAAACAUGUAAUCUAGAUUGAUACGUAGUAUUGAAGUGUGCUGCAUGCUCAAAGGUGCCAUGUUGUAGAUGAGGCCCUGUCACAGGUAGAUGCAACAGGCCUAACUGCUGUAAGUAAAACAUCUUGUUAUUUGUUUGACUGUUGUUGGGAUACAUACUGGCUACCAGUACAGCUACGAAAGUACUUUUGAAGUGUAGUAUUAAAGUGUUUAGGGCAUCCUGAUGUGAUGAAAGACACUAUAAAAUGUAAAAGUGGUUUUAAACAAUUUAUAUUAAAUGUACAAAUACUUACUGCUGUGAUGAAAA